CUAGGAAAAAGCCAAAAAGUACUGCAAAUCAUACAGUGGCCAUUUUUAUUCUGCUCCUGCCUCCCUUGGAUGAUUGUUCGGUACUUCGCCCAUAUAUGUUACAACCUGUAAUAUACUCCAUAUAUAUAUAGACAUAGAGAUAGACUGUGUCUGUGUGCGGGAGAGAGUACAAAAUACGGAGUAGCAUUCCGUGAUUUGAUUCCUUCCCGAUAAUACUGUGAGUAAAGAUCUUAGCUUUUCCAUUUUCACUUUCACUUCAUUGUCUACAAUUUGCUUGAUUUAAAGUUUUGAUUCUUUGCUUCAGCUGCUUAGUUCAUCGAUGCAUACUCAAAACCAGUUUUCUAGUGUACUCUAGCUAUACAAGUAGGCAUAUUUUCACGUUCAAAUUAGACGGAGACUGUUGGAUCUGCUAAGUUGGACUAAUGGUGAUUAAGAAUAAGUAUCAUUGUUUUAGUGUGUACCCAUGACUUCAAAUGCAAUCUGUUUGUAUUAGUUGGGUGUUUUGUGUGAUUUAUGCCUUCAUCUAGCUCAAUUGGAGGUACCCUUUCGCUUUCUUGAGAUGGUAGGAGUUCUUUUGUACUUUGAAGCAUAAUAAAAAAAAUCCCUCUCGAUCUAGGAACUACCGCUGAUCCACCACAGAGCAGAGUGCAACAGUUAAUGCGUAGCAGUAGCCCGUUAUUAUGUGCUCAAACAAUUUUGGUGUGUACCUCUAUAAUUUGACUGUGUUGUGGAUGAAUCAGAGAUGUAACUGUUGAAGUCAAAGAGUCUGAAGAGACUAGACCUUCUAUCUGCAGAAAUGGGAACGCCAAUGGCUGUUGGCCUUCUUGUUGCAUAUCUUAUAUUGGGUGUGCUGGAUCUUGGCAACGCUGAGAUCUACAUUGUGACAGUUGAAGGGGAACCUGUGAUAAGUUAUAAAGGUGGAGUCGAGGGUUUCGAAGCCACAGCUUUGGAGGAUGGUGAGAAACUCGAUGGAGCAAGUGAACCUGCCUUAUCUUAUGCACGACAUUUGGAAAAGAAACAUGAUAUGCUUCUUGGAUUGCUAUUUGACCGAGGAACCUACAAUAAAAUCUACAGUUAUCGCCAUCUGAUAAAUGGCUUUGCAGUUCAUAUCUUGCCUGAGCAGGCAGAAAUUCUUAGACACGCUCCUGGUGUGAAAUCAGUUACAAGGGAUUGGAAGGUGAAAAGGCUAACAACCCACACCCCUCAAUUCUUAGGGCUUCCCACUGGAGUCUGGCCAACUGGAGGUGGCUUUGACAGGGCCGGAGAGGAUAUUGUAAUAGGCUUUGUGGACUCUGGAAUUUAUCCACACCAUCCCUGCUUUGCAAACCACAUUGGCGAACCCUAUGGACCUCUUCUAAAAUACCGAGGAAAAUGUGAAAAGGAUCCAAUUACAAAGAGGAACUACUGUAAUGGGAAAAUUGUUGGAGCUCAGCAUUUUGCUGAAGCUGCUAAAGCUGCCGGUGCAUUUAAUCCUGAAAUUGAUUUCGAUUCUCCUCUUGAUGGUGAUGGGCAUGGAAGUCACACGGCGGCCAUUGCAGCUGGAAACAAUGGAAUUCCUGUCAGAAUGCAUGGAUUUGAAUUCGGAAAAGCAAGUGGAAUGGCUCCCCGUGCAGGAUUGCUGUGUACAAGGCGCUCUACAGGCUAUUUGGAGGAUUUGUUGCAGAUGUGGUAGCUGCUAUUGAACAGGCAGUUCAUGAUGGCGUUGACAUUCUCAAUUUGUCAGUGGGCCAAAACAGUCCUCCAACAACUACAAGAACCACCUUUCUAAACCCUUUUGAUGCUACACUUCUUUCAGCAGUCAAAGCUGGAGUAUUUGUUGCACAAGCAGCUGGUAAUGGAGGUCCUUUCCCCAAAACAUUGUUGUCUUAUAGCCCAUGGAUAGCGUCUGUAGCUGCUGCAGCGGAUGAUAGGAGAUAUAAGAAUUAUUUGACCCUUGGCAAUGGGAAAAGAUUGUCUGGCAUUGGGUUAUCGCCUUCUACACAUCCAAACCGAACAUUCACCAUGGUUGCUGCUAAUGAUGUUGUUUUGGAUUCUUCGGUUGCCAAAUAUAAUCCUUCAGACUGCCAGAAGCCCGAACUUUUAAACAAAAACUUGGUGCAGGGAAACAUUCUUCUUUGUGGUUAUUCAUUCAAUUUUGUUGUUGGUACAUCAUCAAUUAAAGCUGUCGCAGAAACAGUGAGAAGUCUUGGUGCUGUUGGAUUUGUUCUUGCUGUUGAGAAUUCUACACCAGGAACCAAUUAUUAUCCUGUUCCUAUUAGAGUUCCUGGGAUUGUCAUAACCAAUAAGAAGGAUUCGAUGGAGCUUAUAAAUUAUUACAAUAUGUCCACUUCAAGAGAUUGGACGGGGCGUGUUAAGAGCUUUAAAGGGACAGGAAGCAUUGGGGAUGGUUUGAAGCCUAUACUUCAAAGUGCUGCACCACAAGUGGCAUUGUUCUCUGCUCGAGGACCAAAUAUCAAAGAUUUUAGCUUCCGAGAUGCUGAUCUCCUCAAACCCGAUAUACUGGCUCCUGGUUCUCUAAUUUGGGCAGCAUGGGCUAUUAAUGGAACAGAUGAAGCAAAUUAUGUUGGUGAAGGAUUUGCUAUGAUAUCUGGAACCAGCAUGGCUGCUCCUCAUAUAGCAGGAAUUGCUGCACUUGUGAAGCAGAAGCAUCCUCACUGGAGCCCUGCCGCUAUUAAAUCAGCUUUGAUGACAACAUCAUCAACUAUUGACAGAGCGGAGAGGCCACUUCAAGCACAAGAGUAUUCUGCUUCUGAAACCAUGACACUGGUUCAUGCAACACCUUUUGAUUAUGGUAGUGGCCAUGUCAAUCCUAGAGCAGCCCUUGAUCCUGGUCUUGUCUUUGAUGCAGGCUAUGAAGAUUAUUUGGGAUUCUUGUGCACAGUCCCAGGAAUUGAUCCUCUCGAGAUAAAGAAUUUCACACACUCUGCGUGCAACUACACUCUUGGCCACCCAUCAAAUCUCAAUAUGCCCUCAAUCACAACAUCUAAUCUUGUUGGGACGCGAACUGUGUCACGUUCAGUGACAAAUGUUGCUGAAGAAGAAACAUAUGUCAUUACUGCAAGGAUGGCACCGGAUGUCGCCAUUGAAACAAACCCUCCUGCAAUGACAUUAAGGCAUGGUGCAACACGCAAAUUUACAGUGACUCUGACUCCCCGCUCAAUCACUGGACGAUACAGUUUCGGAGAGGUUACACUGAAAGGAAGCAGAGGGCACAUUGUCAGGAUCCCUGUUGUAGCACUGGGUUGUCACGCUGCUAAACUCCGGUAGUUUGUCUAUGUUAUUCCACUUCACGAUAUACUAUGUUGUAUUCUUUGGAUCUGUGAGAAUAAGCUGGAGUUACUUUGUCAAGGCGUAAAAUACAGUUUUAUAAAUGAUGUAAAGAUGGCUUAGCCUGAGAGGAUGGAGAGGCUCUUAUGUUCUUCCCAACAAAUGAUUUGUGUGCGAAUUUCAUUGUGCUCCCCCUCUAGGAGUUGCCCUGGUUGGUUCCUAGUUUUUUUUACUACCUUUAGACUGGGAAUGGCUUGUAUGUUAAGAUGUAUCUUCCACCUGUGUAUGAUUGAGAAGUAUUAUGCACCUUCUUUGUAAUCUGUGAACAUUUGUACACUAUCCUUCAUUCCUAACUUCCUAUUGCUAUAUUGGACACUGACCUAUUGUUUUUAAUCCAGAA